AGAAGAUUACUUUAGUGAUAAUUUGUUCAAGAGACGUGUCAGUGGUUGGGGAUCGUCGCACAGUUAUGACCGCACACAAAGUACCGCAUAUUUUGAAGCUCUCCGCACAGGAGCAGCAGGAGUUCGUCAACUCCUUCGAUGUGGUGAUGUGUGAUUUGGAUGGUGUUAUGUGGAUGAUAGCGUCACCCCUGCCUAGGACAGGUCAGGCGGUAAAUACGUUGAAAACGUAUGGCAAACAAGUGCUCUUCGUUUCCAAUAACAGUCUGCGUACGGACGAAGAUUAUGUGGAAAGAUUCCAUGGGAUCGGAGUGAAGGAUUUUCAAGGGAAUGACAUUAUGCAUCCAGUAAAGGCCAUGUUGUACUAUUUGAAGAAACACAAUAUCAAGCAACCGGUUUUCUCAAUAUGCAGUGCCGCCGGUAAUGAAACACUUCGUGAUGGAGGCAUAGAUUUGAGGUCUUUGGCCACCAAGGAAAGCAUUACACCCGCCAACUUGGAGAAAAUCACAAGGCCGGAACAAAAAAUGGGCGCUGUUUUAUAUGACCUUAAUAUGGAUUUAUCUUAUGCACAAAUUGUUGCCGCCACACGUUAUCUAGCAGAUAAAGAUUGCCAGUUUUUGGCGGGAGGCACAGAUUGGCUAAUGCCGCUGACAGGAGAAGUAAUGGUGCCAGGAUUUUGUGAUUUCCUGGACACUAUUAGUCGCUUCACACAACGCGAGCCAACAAUUCUGAGCAAACCGGCAGUUUUACUUGGCGACAUCUUGAAAGACGUCUACAAAUUGGCCGAUCCCAAGCGUUGCUUGUUCAUUGGUGAUUCUCUGACACACGACAUACGCUUCGCAUUGGGUUGUGGCUUCCAAUCACUGCUCGUAUUGAGCGGCAGUACGCCCAUCAAGGAAAUGUGUGAAGCAAAUGCUGAGGCUCAACCACAUUAUUAUGCCGAUAGCAUAGCCGAUUUUAUAGAAUUAUAUGAUAAUAUUAGUAAAACUGUUUAAAAUCGUAAACUGUGGGCCAUAAAUAGUACUAUUGUAAGAUAAUAUUGUUUGUUUAAAAACCAGACCGAACGGAUGCUAACUUGCGAUCUAUUGUUUAGUCGAAACGUUGCUCAAUCCAAAUCAACUUAAAGACUUCUUUCUCUGUCGAAAAUAAAUCAAACCACAGACAACGGAAAAUAAAUUCGGACAUUCCGUCAUUCUUUAAUAA